GGUUAAUUUCUGUUUUAGGAAGGUAGUAUUGUUCAAAGAAGUCGCUUCUAAAUAGGAAGGCGGUAGAACCAAUCACAUGACAUCGAAAACGACAGCCAAUGAAAUAACUCAAUCAUCUCUCCGUCCCCAUGGGUGUUUCGAGCGAUAUCUGAAGUAGUAUAGCUUCUCCAACUUAGCGGAAAUAGAACUUUGCGCGACUCAAACGCGUCAACAUCGAACUUAUCUAUAGAUUUUUUCCCCCUCUUAGGCAUGUACCGCGUUCUAGCUGUCCAGUAUCGUUGACAAUGGGAGAUAAUAAUCCUCUCCGCGCGGGGCAAUUGCCCCCAUUCCGCAUAAGAACGUCAGCUGCGCCGGCUCCGCCACCACCGUCUUCUUCGAGGGUUGAUUUCCAGCGAGAUCCUAUUGUUUUCUAUAUGCAGGCCGCGACGGCUGCUAUUGCUUCCCCUCCAAACCCAGCGCCUGGGGCACUACCGCCGGCGUCGAGGAAUACGAUGCAGGUUCCAAGGAAUAUACAGCCGCCGGGGAAUUUACGACCACCAGGCAUUAUUGCACAGCCAUCGGGAAAUGCACCACAACCACCUAGGUUUACGCAGCCAGCGGGGAAUAAUGCACAGCCGUCAGGAAAUGCAGCACAGCCGCCGAGGUCCAUGCAGCCAGCAGGGAAUACACAGCAAUCAGGAACUGCAGCACAGCCGCCGAGGAAUGUAUCGCGAUCAAGGAAGAAGCUGAACGAGAGGGAAGAGGCAGAGAUAUGGUUGGCGUGUUUAUUUUACGAACGGCGAUAUCUCGGGCUUUCUACUCAUAACCAGUUCUGGAUGGCGGUUGCAGCUAGAGUCAGCGAGAAAAUAAACCGUCCGUAUAGUCCGCAAUCGUGCAAACGGCAUGUUGAUAUCAAGACGCGGUUGCGGCGUGAGGAAAUAGAGCACGCGAAGAAGGGGGAUGGGAGGGUAUGGGACUCGCCCAUGAUGGACUUGAUCGACAAAUGGAUAGAUGUUCAGGACAUAUACCAACGUAAGAAGGAAGAAAAGGAGGCUAGACUUAGGGAAGCGGAAAAUGAGAUCCUUAGAGCUGAAGGACGAGCGCCGCUUUUGUCGAGUCUUGCUUCGAGGAAACGAAAUAUAGAUGAUUCAAGCCGACCGUCCUCGCCAGACCGACCUGCGCCGCAAACUCGACCUCAGCAAAUCAGACCUUCCCAGGAAAUGAGUCAAAGUCAACCCACUCCUGCUUCAACUGGCGCCUCGUCUGACGAGGGGAUCAGCGACAGCGAGUUCCGAAGCAUAUUAUUGAUGAUGGCCAGGCAACUAGCGACCAGAUUGUCACACGAUGAGAAAGUCAGGCAAACAAUGGACCGCCAAAAAGACGAACUUGCUGGCAUUCGUAAAGGGCUAGAAGAGAACCGGAAGAUACUAAAGGACAUCAUGGAAACCCAGGAAAAGAUAUUUGAGUUGAUCAAGAAAAUCGAGCCGAAAAACUUGGAGCGCCGAACUACCGAUGUUAAGGUUGAACCCAGCUCUCCGUGAUAAAGGAGAGGGGGGAUGUGAGCUUUUUGUGUCUUAUUGUUACUCGUGAUGGUGAUGAUAUAAUGCAGCGUCUAACCUAUAUGCCUUUGUACUCUGCAUAGCGUUACAGUCCUAAUUAGUUGACAUAAUAAUUGUAAAUGUGUAAUCUUUGUGGGCGAGAGAAAUA